AACGAUGUCGAACAAGCAAACGCUAGUAAUCUCCGCCGUGGGUAUCUUCGUGUGUUACUUUUACUUUGCGAUUCUGCAGGAAAAGAUUACACGCGGCCGGUACGGUGACGAGCUGCAGGAUGAUGGAUCGCAUGGCGAACGUUUCACUUACGCGCUAGCCCUGGUAGGCGUGCAGUGUAUCUGUAAUUGGAUAUUCGCAAAAGCUCUGCUUACGAUUACACCACAGCCGGAUGAUGGCACACCGAAGGUGUACUAUGCUAGUAGCGCCCUCACGUACCUGUUGGCCAUGAUCAGCUCGAACAUGGCACUGCGAUGGGUUGCCUAUCCGAUGCAGGUUGUCGCUAAAGCGGCCAAACCGAUUCCGGUUAUGCUGCUGGGUGUGCUGGUUGGACGGAAAAGUUAUGCGUGGCAAAAGUACUUGUUCGUGCUGCUGAUUGUGGUGGGCGUUGUGUUGUUUAUGUACAAGGACAAGGCAAAUUCUGGCACCGUACUGGAACACGAAUCACUCGGUCAACUUCUCCUCAUAAUGAGCCUGCUGAUGGAUGGAUUAACCGGUGCGGUUCAGGAACGUAUGCGGGCGCACAGUGCCCCAUCGGCCCAGCACAUGAUGCUGGCAAUGAACGGAUGGAGUGCAAUAAUCGUAUCGGUCGGUUUACUGGUGACCGGUGAAGGCAAAGCAUUCGUACUGUUUGCCAGCCGGCAUCCAGAACUGUUUACGCAUCUAACACUACUAGCGCUCACCGGUGCCCUGGGACAGUUGUUCAUCUUCAUGAUGGUAUCGUCGUUCGGUGCAUUGGCCUGCUCGGUGGUGACAACGACGCGUAAAUUCUUCACCGUGCUCUUUUCGGUACUUUUCUUCGGCAACGUGCUAAGUGGCCGGCAGUGGAUUGGGGCAGUACUCGUGUUUUGCGGCCUGUUUGCGGACAUGUUCUUCGGCCGAAAGCCACAGCCGGGCAAAAAGCUAGCGAAGGAAAAAGAAAAGAGUGAAGGUGUAUUGCUUGCUGAUAAACAGUAA